AUGUUAUGGGGCAACACUGCAGGUUCCAAAAGAACCAUUGCAGACCUCUGUCGAGCCACAAGCAGCGCAGGAUUGGACCUCUGUGCCACCUCCUACACAGUAUUAACACCCGAGAUGGGGGUUCAAACCCUUGCCACAGGAGUGUUUGGGCCUUUACCUCCAGGAACUGCUGGAUUGCUUUUAGGGCGCAGCAGUGCGUCUUUAAAAGGAAUACUUAUUCAUCCUGGUGUGAUUGACUCUGAUUAUACAGGAGAGAUAAAAAUACUAGCCUCCGCUCCUAACAAAAUUAUUGUGAUUAAUGCAGGACAACGUAUAGCUCAACUUCUUUUAGUUCCAUUAGUUAUACAAGGAAAAACAAUUAACCGAGAUCGUCAAGAAAGAGGCUUUGGGUCCUCUGACGCCUAUUGGGUGCAAAAUGUUACCGAGGAACGACCAGAACUUGAGCUACGCAUUGAUGGUAAGCUUUUCCGCGGAGUGCUUGAUACAGGGGCCGAUAUUAGCGUUAUUUCUGAAAAAUACUGGCCUACUACAUGGCCUAAACAAAUAGCUAUUUCCACUCUUCAGGGUAUUGGCCAAACUACCAAUCCAGAACAAAGUUCGUCCCUUCUUACUUGGAGGGAUAAAGAUGGCCAUACAGGCCAAUUUAAGCCUUAUAUUCUGCCCCAUCUUCCAGUUAAUCUAUGGGGGCGUGAUAUAUUAAGCAAAAUGGGUGUUUAUUUAUAUAGUCCUUCACCUACCGUAACAGAAUUAAUGUUGGAUCAGGGCUUACUCCCAAACCAAGGUUUGGGUAAACAACAUCAAGGCAUCAUUUUACCCCUUGAUUUAAAAUCUAAUCAAAGUCGAAAGGGCUUGGGG